AUGGGAGCUUCUGUAGCUAAAUAUUCUCUUAUAAAAAAUAAAGAAAUACAUGCUAAAUUUUUAUAUGAUAAUGAUUUUACCAAAAGUAAACUUUUCUAUAUAGCAAAUUCAUUCGAAAAAGAUGUUAAAUAAAGACUCUAUAUAGAAAAAGGAUGGCCUGAAAAUAUUUAUUAUAUGUCAAAAAUAUUACUUAACUCUUACACAGGAUUAUUAGUUAAUUAUAAAAAUAUUCAUGAUAAUUAAAUUAGAGUAUAUGGAUGUUGUCCUGGAUGGGUAAAAACAGAUUUAGGAGGUCCAAAAGCUCCUAUGCCUGUUGAAAGAUCAUUGAUAACACCUCUUUAUUUACUUGGAUUAUAAGAAUUCUAAUAAGAAAUUUAGGGUAAGUUAUUUUUAAAUAAAAAGGUGGUUAGUUUAGAAUGA